AUGUCAGAAGAAACAUUUAUGUCAAUGAAUGAUCAGGUAAUUAAAAUUGAACCACCAGAGUAUUCUCCGGAAGACAUUAAACGCGAAAAUGAGUAUGAAUUUGAUGAUUUUGAUGCUAUCGUUAAAUCUGAAUCGUGUUUUGAGGAUGAUGAUACGUGUUUAGAUAGAUUCAUGAAUUCCGAGGUGACAAUUGAAGAUGAAGUCAAGCAGGAGUCUUAUGAUUGUGACAUUUGUAAUCAAUCAUUUGCAGAAUCGCAUCAUCUAACAAAACAUAUGGUCGAUCAUAUGCCUAACCAUAGCGAAGAACGUCCUUACAAAUGUGGUAUCUGCCCAAAGACUUUCAGUCAAUCAAGAGGGUUGAACACACACAUGGUCAUUCACAGUGGUGAGCGUCCACAUAAAUGCAAUGAAUGCAAUAAGGCUUUCAUAACUGUAACUCAUCUGAAAAGACACAUGCUCAUUCACAGUGGUAAGCGCUCUCAUGAGUGCAAUAUAUGCAAGAAGAGAUUCACACAAUUAAGGUAUCUGAAUAAUCACAUGCUCAUUCACAGUGGUGAGCGUCCACAUAAAUGCAAUGAAUGCAAUAAGACAUUCACACUAUCAAGGCAUCUGAAAUAUCACAUGGUCAUUCACAGUGGUAAGCGCCCCCAUGAAUGCAGUAUAUGCAAGAAGACAUUCAUAUAUUUGUGGACUCUGAAAAAACACAUGCGCAUUCACAGUGAUGAGCGCUCUCAUGAGUGCAAUAUAUGCAAGAAGGCAUUCUUGCAAUUAAGUAAUCUAAAAAGACACAUGCUCAUUCACAGUGGUGAGCGCUCACAUGAGUGCAGUAUAUGCAAGAAGACAUUCAUAGAAUUGUGGACUCUGAAAGCACACAUGGUCAUUCACAGUGAUGAGCGUCCACAUAAAUGCAAUGAAUGUAAUAAGGCAUUCAAAACUAAAACUCAUUUGAAUGAUCACAUGCUCAUUCACAGUGGUAAGCGUCCCCAUGAGUGCAAUAUAUGCAAGAAGACAUUUAUACAAUUAAGUAAUUUGAAAAGACACAUGCUCAUUCACAGUGGUGAGCGCUCCCAUGAAUGCAUCAUAUGUAAUAAAGCAUUCAAAGAUAUACACGGUUUGAAGGUUCACAUGCUCAUUCACAUUGGUGAGCGUUCCCAUGAGUGUAAGGAAUGCAAUAAGACAUUUAUACGAUUAAGCCAUCUGAAAAAUCACAUGUUCACUCAUACUGGUAAGCGCCCCCAUGAGUGCAGUAUAUGCAAGAAGUCGUUUACACAACCAUCUCAUCUGAAAAGUCACAUGCUCGUUCACAGUGGUGAGCGUCCCUAUAAAUGCAGUAUAUGCAAUAAGGAAUUUACUGUAUCAAGAGUUUUGAACAAACACAUGGCCAUUCAUAGUAGGAAGCAUGAUGAAAAUCAAAUUAACCAAUCCCAGAAACAAGUGGAUAGUUUGGCUAAAAAAGAAGAUGAAGUCAUCUAUUUGGGAAUGACUAAAUCUGAAGAAAACUUAAGAAAAGAUAAUGAAAUGCAUUAUGUUUUUGCAGGAUAA